AUGAUAGUUGGUGGUGUUCUUGGACCAAUAAAAGCUUACUUUGGUACUGUUGAAACAACGAAUGCUUUACGUAAUGUAUCAAAAAUAAUUCCUGCUUGCUUACCUACUCUAAAUCCAUCAUCACCUAAUUUUGCAUCAAGAUUUCGUGCACAUAUAGACCGCGAUGAUCAUUUACUUCAAGUUAUUGCCGAAGCACAAACUGACAAUGGCUUAGUCGAUCCUGUACUGAUACCGACUAAUCAAGUCGAUGGUGAAUAUGGCACUGAUGAUAGUGACGAUUUACUUGAAUUAUUAUGUAAUUUGGAUGAAAACACAGUUGCUAUGUUCAAUGCUACAAAAAACUCAACAGAAAACAAAUAUAUUGAAGAAACAAUCGAAGCAGUCAAGAAUGUCGGACGACUUAACAGUGUGAACAGUAACAAUAAUGGUCAGCUUCUAAUGUGCAUAUCUGGAUGUGGUGGUACAGGCAAAUCACAAUUGAUUCGUGCUCUUACCAAAUACUUUUUAGUCACAAAAAGAAUACAAAUGAUGCUGAAGUUAGCACCUACUGGUAUUGCCGCUGCUGAAAUCGAUGGUAUGACCAUCCAUUCAUUUUUGGGUGAGAAAUGCAACUCAGGAAAAGCCCGUAAGAUUAAACCAGGAGAUUUAAAACUUGAGAAAGAAUGGGCCCUCGUUGAAUGCCUCUUAAUUGACGAAAUAAGUAUGGUUGGUUUAACUCUACUUGUGAAAAUCAACCGAAUUAUAUGUGCUGCAAAACCUACUGAUCCUCAAGUUCCAUUUGGUGGUGUAAAUGUCAUCUUCUUCGGCGAUUAUUUACAAUAUCAACCUGUAUAUGAUGUACCCCUACAUACAGACUUCACUUUACCGGUUAAAAGUAAAUCAAACAAGAUAGCAACUGAAAAACAAAUUCAACAACGUGUUGCACGUUCUUUAAUUCUUCAAAUCAAUUGUGUGGUCAAACGUAUUCAACAGAUGAGAACAAACGAUCUACAUUAUCUUCAGCUACUCGAACGACUUCGUCAUGAAGAAUGUAACUACGAUGACUACGAAUUAUUGAUAACACGAGUAGUGGGGCUAUCUUCCGUACCCUUGCUAAGUGAUUCACCAUGGAAUAAAGCUCUGAUUCUCGUAUUUGGUAAUGAAGUACGAACACAAUUAAACCACAAGGCAGUUAAUCACAAAGCAGAACAAGUGGGACAAACACCAAUAGUAUGCGUUGCCCAAGACACUUGCAAAGGCAAACCAAUUGAAGAUCGAGCGCUUGUUAAAAAAUGA